CCACCACCUCCCAGGGCCCGUCAGCACUCCCACACGGCCCCGGCCAUGGCAAGGGCCAUGCUGCAGUUUCCCUGGCCCUCUCCGGCAGGCUGCACCAAGGGGAAGGUGUAGAAAACUGCCUCCAGGCACCGAGGUGUGCUGAACAGUGCCAGACCCAAGGGGGGCAGUGCCAGCACCAUGCCAGGCACUGCAGCAAGGCCCUGCAGCCCCAGCAUGGCCCUCAGCCCCCUCUGCCGGGCCUAGGAGGGCAGAGGCGAGGUGUAGUGGUGGCCCAGCAUCGCCAAGGAGCUGUUUGAGUGCAGCAGCCAGGAGCAGAGGCCGCCGGCCACAGUGCCAGCAGCGUGACGGCCCUCAGCCUGCACACCACCAGUGACAGGAUGAAGCGCAGGAGCAGCCUCAGGGCCGAGGAGAUGCAUCAUUAUGGCAUGGAACGAGACGGAAGGCGGAAAACACAAGUGUGAGUGUUACUGGGUCAACGUGCAGGGCGAGGAGGAGCGUCAGUUCGGCGGUAACAUCACCGUUUCCUUCAUCAAGUCUCACUAGGUGUGCCCAGACUUCAUCGUGAGAACCCUCAAGAUCAACUACACCACAGACGGAGGCAAUACUGAUUGGCUACAGUGAAGGUCGUGGCAGCCAAUCAGAGAGUGUACUGAAACUCCUGCUGUGAGCUACUCCUGAUGCCUGCGCCCUCACCACCCCUGUAAAGGAUGCCCAGCUAACCCAACCUCCAUGCACAAGUGUGAGUGUUACUGGGUCAACGUGCAGGGGGAGGAGCGUCAGUUUGGCAACAUCACCGUUUCCUUCGCCAAGGCUCGCCAGGUCUGCCCGGACUUCAUCGUGAGAACCCUCAAGAUCAACUACAUCACUGACGGAGGCAAUUCUGCCCUGACACACACACACAUCCCACCCUCCAUCACAGAGGAGCGCACCAUCUGCCAGUUCCAUUACGUGCUGUGGCCUGACCAUGGGGUGCCAGAGACGGUGCGGCCCCUCCUGGACAUGGUGCGGCUGGUGCGAGACUACCAGGCCUCCGAGACCCUGCCUGUCCUGGUCCACUGCUCGGCGGGGUGCGGGAGAACGGGAACCAUCUGUGCCAUUGUGGGGGCUCCUCAGGGCUGGGCGGCUGACCGAGAACCUCAACCUCUUUGGGCAGGUGAAGGAGAUGCGUCGGCAGCCAUGGUACAGACACGGGAGCAGUACAUCCUCCUGCACCGGGCUGUCCGAGAGCUGUUCAAAGAGAGGCUCAAGGUGAUCGCCGCGCACCCCUACGAGAACAUCCCCACAGACAGCAAGCCACUCAUCCUAAGGGAGAAGGAGAACGACUGUGAGGAGCUGCACCUUAGGCCAGAAAAACAGGACAAGAGUGCCAAGCCAGUGCCAGCCUCCACCACGGCCCCCAGCGUCGCCGCCACCCAGACUGACUCCCUUACCUGCUACACUCACAUGAAAGACUUCCCCGAGUUCUCCUCCCCGACGGCAACGCUUGACUGGCUGGGCUCCACCGUUCCUCCCCGGCACAUGAAGUACACAAAACCUCAGCAAUCCUCUCCUUCCUCGGCCAGCCACACCCCCUGCCAGGCCUCCCCCAGCCACCAGACACCCCUGCCACAGCCCUCCCCCCUCUCCCCCGCCUGUGUCAAGGCCGUGGUGUCCUCCGUGCCUGUGCCCUCCCCCAGCCAGGCACAGAUUGGCUACAUGAGGGCAGCACAAGUGCCUCAGCUACCCACCACCUCCCCACAAGUGCUUAACAGCUCCCCACAAGUGCCUAACAACUCCCACAAGUGCUUAACUUCUCCCCAAAAGUUCCUCAGCUCCCCAUCAGCUCCCCACAAGGCCCUAAAGUCCCUGGUGGUGCCCCAAUGAGGACCAAGCCCCAGCCUGGCCCCCCGCCUGUCCUGGCCUCCAGCUCCAAGCAGGAGAAGGAGGCGGAGAAUGCCGCCCACAAGUACAAGUGUAGUGUGGUGACUAUGCCUGAUGAACGAGCCUCCCAUAACCCACUUAGCCAGUGGGGUACCUCUUUGGCCGACUCGGUAAGGAGUGGCUCUCCUGUCACGCUGGUCGCGGGUUCAAUCCCAGGCAGCCGGCGAAUACCCUGAUCUUGAUUAAUUUCUCGUGUGUUUUGAUACACGCAGAGGACGUGUUGGGAAAUAGAGGAAAGAGAAAAAGAAGCUCCCGGGGCAUGACACAAGGGUGUCCUCAACCUGCUGUCCUCUGCUGCCGCUGCCUCCUGCCUGGACAACACCACCACCUCCCAG